AUGUAUGUUAAGUGUGGGAACAUAGAAUAUACUCUAAAGCUCUUUCAAUCGCUAAAUGACAAUAAGAAUGUGUCUAUAUGGAACGCUAUGACAGGGGGGCUCACCAUGAAUGGUCGUAGUAAAGAAGCCUUGGGGCUUUUUUCAGAGAUGGAAAGAACCAAUAUCAAGCCUGAUGAGAUUACAUUUGUAGGAGUUCUAAGUGCAUGUCGGCAUGGUGGGCUCAUAGAUGAGGCAUGGCAUAUUUAUGAUAAAAUGAAUAGGGUCUAUGGAAUCGAGCCUGGGGUUGAGCACUAUGGAUGCACGGUGGACCUCAUAAGUCGACUUGGGCGCUUAUCAGAGGCUGAGGAUAUGACAGCAAAGAUGACCAUGAGGCCCCAAGUUUCAACUUGGAGUGCAUUAUUGGCUGCUUGUAAAAUUCAUGGAGAUGUGAAAUUAGGGGAGAGAGUAGCUAAGCACCUUUUAAAGCUUGAUCCGAACCAUGUUGGAUGCAGAGUGAUGCUUUCCAAUCUCUAUGCAGAGGCAGGCUUUUGGGACAAGGUAGCUGAAGUGAGAAGAGGAAUGAAGAGUCUUUCAAAGACCCCAGGGUGGAGCUUGAUUGAGGUUGAAUGA